AUGCUGGCGAACAGGCAACGCAGUAUCUCCUCCAGCGGGAGCCUGAGUGAGGCCGAGGACCUGUUCUGCUGCGGCCUGGGCGUGAACGAGGUGGAGGAGGCGACGCUGGAGGGGCGGGCGGUGCUGGUGCUGGCGGGGAUGGUGGAGGAGGCCGUGGUCACGCCGCUCGGCCUGCGGGCGAUGAAGGGCUUGGCGGCCUACCUGCGGGUGCUCAGCUCCUCCAUGCUGACGGCGGUGGUGGUGCAGGUCAUGAGCAAGAGGCCCCGCUGGCUCCCCCUCGAGUACCACUGGGCGCCGCUGGACCACGACCCGCUGCUGCUUCUGCUGGAACUACUGGGCAGCCGCCUCACCGUCCUCACGUACAGCUGCCACCCGCUGUCCCGGGAGCCGCUGAUCAACGCCAUCGCGGCCAUGCCCGCCCUUACCGUGCUCAGCCUCCCCGAGGCGGCGGACGACAACGCCCUGGCGGUGGUGGGGGCGGCGUGCCACAGCCUGACGACGCUGUGCGUGCGGGGCUCCAGGGGCGUCACCGACGACGGCAUGCGACGCCUCCUCCUGCGGCGGCACGCUUACACGCGCUCACUGUGGAGGCGCCUAUUCUCACGCUGGCGCAACCUCAGGAGCUCCCUUAGCCGGCAGCAGGCGCGGUACCGGCCGCUGGCGCCGGCCACGAUUGAGAACUCCUUGCUGGUGCCAGCCGACGCCGAGCACCUGAACCCCCUGAGCAGCACCUUGGUGCACAUGGACCUGGGCGGCACCAAGGUCAGCACCCAGGGGGUGGAGUGGGCCAAGAGCAUCCUCUCUCCCAACGCUUAUGUUUUCGCCACACACUCGCUGCGUCGCUCGCUACGCUCCCAGACCUCCCUGGAGGACCAGAUGUCCCGGCUCUUGGCUCCCCUCACCCCCUAGUGCGGCGCCCGGCCUCACGACUGCUCCCUCUUGCCCUCUCCCCUACGCCGCUGCCCUCCCUGUGGCCUAGCAGUCUGUCACAGCAAGGAUAUCAGCUGAGACCUCCUCUCAAGGACCCCACAAUCAUAUGGAGACGCACAUCUCGGUUUGACUUAACAAGCGUGCUAAUCAUUUCAUCUCCAGAGCUCGUGAAUCGACGCUCUAAUGACGGCAAUACUCAGACGAACGGUCUUGUUGAAUAAUCACAUGUCUAUGGAAAUAGUUAAUGUUCAUAUAUGUAUGUAUAUAUCACACCAGAUAGAUGUGUAUUUUUGUAUGGUUUUGACUUCGAAAAGGAAGUAGAAAGGAAGAAAACGUUUUAUUAUAGAGAAUAAAUAUUAUGAAUAUGGCUGUGCCUUCCGGAAUCUGUGUACGUAUCUAUAUAUUUUGUAUAUGUUAGAACCCUGCAACUCCAAAACGCGCUUAGAUGUAGCGAGAAAAAAAGCGUUGUAUCGUUCCGAAUCGUUUUAGUUCGUGUUCGUCGACGGUCCCUAAAGUGUAUGUUUAGGCUCUGUGUCAGAAGAAAAAUCCUAUUUUUUUUAUCUCAAGUAUCUCGGGAGUGAGCAAGUGCCGGCUUCAGAGUGCUACCGUGACGACCGGGAGCA